UGUCAGAUCCACAGCGCAUAAACCCUAUUAUAGUUAGAUGCUCAAAUCAUUUGCCAAAUUCCCAAAUUGAUUUGUAUUAUGAUUUAUAAUUUUUUUCUCUUAGAGUCCAAGCUUUUUAGUCAAAAGAUGAAUUAAGCAAAUAAAGCCAAAUGUCUGCUGAAAAAUGAGUUCUUUAGCUUCGUUUUGAUAGAAAUAAUCGAAGUAGUAGCUUAUAAAAGUCAGAAGAAGUUGUGCAAUGGAUUAACAUGGAUUUAUUGCCACUAUUUUCAUUUUAUUAAUUGUUUCAAGCACUAGUAACGCAUCUUUAAUAAUUAAUCUCCGGAGAUUAAUCACCAGCGCCACAAACGACACUUCCACAAAUUUACAGGUAAAAAUCUCUUUGCGUCUCUCUCUCUGUGAUUAUCUUUAUUUUUAUAAGUUCUUAUUUUGAGAAAAUUAAAUAAUUGAUUGGGAACGAGUUGGAUCUAGGUUCCGCCCGUUGUAAGUCCUGUCAUUGGUCCUGUAAAUGCCGGGAAGUGUGAAAAAGAUAAGCACAAGGAAUCCGGGGUUAGCAAUAAGAACACUAAUUCAUCAAUUGUUGAUUCGAAGGGCUUCAAGAAAAAUGGCAAUGAUAUUGAUAAUAAUAAAAACCAACCAGAUGGUGCACGAAGAAAGGUGAGUUGGACGAUAAAGGGAAGGGAAAGGUGGACAAUGCCAUGAAAACACGGUUAGGUGGUAAUGACAGUUGUGAGAGAUCAACGAGGAAAUGCAGAGGCAAGGGGAUGAUUGCCUGCGCUAUAGCCUCCAAAUAUGGGUCCAAAGAACUGUUCAAUUCGGUGCAAAAUGAAGGGGAAAGGAAUUUGAAAGUUAACAUCAAUUUUCCUAAUUCUAUGGAAAUUGGAUUGCCGGCUUUUGAAGUUCCUAAACACCAAACUGAAAAGAUUGAUAUCUCUUCCACCCGAGGCAAAAGCAGCAAAAUAAUAUUAAGGUCUGGAAACGGGAAUUGUGUGCUUGACAUGGAUAGUUCUGUUUCUGUAGAGAACUUUCUCCAGCAGUUCUCUUUCUGUUCUAGACAGGUGACCCCUAUCUAUGUUGCGUACUUCUUCUUUCUAUUGGCUUUGCUUUGUGGAGGGACAUGGGCUUGCUGCAAGUUAAAGAAGAGGAGCAGGCAUGAUGGAAUUCCAUAUGAGGAACUUGAAAUGGGCUUGCCAGAAUCCACUUCAGCUGUCAACGGUGAGACAUCAGAAGGUUGGGAUCAGGAUUGGGAUGAUGAUGAUUGGGACGACGACAGUGCAGUAAAAUCACCUGGGGGGGCACAAUAUUAGGAGUAUCUCUGCAAAUGGCCUCACUUCAAGGUCUUCUAAGAAAGAUGGGUGGGAUAAUGACUGGGAUGACUAGUAGUGUGUUUGAGAAAUGGGAAUCAGUAGAAAAUCUCUGAUAGAUAGACACAUCACAUGCGGGCUAAAGAACAAGAAAAUGAGAAAAAGCCCUUCGUAUUUAAUAAUUUUUCCUUUUUUUCUCCUACAGAAAAAUGUGAAACUUUGUUUCUUGCAUAGAAUCUUUUGCAUAUGAUAAUGUGUACUGAAAAAGGAAAUUGCAGUCCAGAGAGUUUUCAUUUGUCGAUCACCGUAGAUCAGUUUUGUCGUUUGUUAUGAAAUGUCAUGUCUGAGGAAAA